CUUCACCACCUCUUCUGCUGCUGCCCCCUUUCUGUUUGUUCCCCACCAGCUUUUGUCCUCCUUCAAUUUACACUACUGUCUAUCGAUCUAUCCGAGACCAGUUGGGAUUCCCUCUACACAAACAAAUCCGGCCACACGGUUUGUUGCACCGCUGGUGCCCCUCAUCUGCUUCCCAACGAGCGCUCCUGGACCUUUGACCGAUCGAAGCUCCUCUCUCCUCCGCCUUUUCCCUUGCCACUGGCAAGCGGCUUCGCUUCCUGCUGCCCACUCAUCAUCUAUCCUCUCUACACACUACACAGUACACACCUUUUACGCCCACAGCCUAGCCUCGGUGCCUCGCAGUCUACCUUACUCGCCUUUUCUUCCUUUCCUUGUCCCGCGAUAAAUUCCACUCCACCUUUUCUCUUCCUUGAACUGUCGGCAACCAAUGAGAUCGACGUAACGGCAUACCGAUAGCAUCACACACACCCACCUCACCCAAGCCAUCCUCAUGGCGCGACGGUACCAGAUCGAUGAGCUGCUAUGGCUGCGGUCGUCGCCUCUGGUUACAAAGCCUACCAAUUUACCGCCGGUAGAAGAAUGGAUGGGCCCAAUCCCCGAUCCAGCUACCCAACGGAAAGCUACAAACUCGCGAGACCCCAAUAACCCCCAUGAAUCGACCCCCAGAAGGCCCAGUCUGUUUGAAACUCGUCAUGUGUCCCGGAAUUCCAAUUCAGAGGACAUCAUUCUCGGACCCCCGAAAACUGCUUUUGCUUCGGCAUCUCGUAUACCCGGUAAAGGAUCGAUAGAUGCUACGGAACGAUCGUCAAGGCCUAAUGACCAGGAUGACUCGAAGAACGACCGGUUCAACUUACGGGAGAAGUUCUUCAAGGACCGGGAGUCUGGUGACAGAGAUUUUGACCGACGAGAUGGAAAAUUAGGAACAUUCAACAACAACAACCGGCGUGGGGACAGGGAGGACUGGAACAGUGGACGCCCCCGCCGUACUUUCGGCCCCGAGGAACAGGAUCGAAAGCCGAGACGCAACGGAGAGUUCGAUCGGUGGGAGAACCGCGACCAGCGAGAACCCAACAAUGACCGUGGAGUUAAAGAUAAGGAUGCACGAUUCUUCCCACGGAAGGACGGCACGCCCGGACGUGCGAGACACGAGGGAAGUUGGUUUCGUGAGGAGAAUACCCACGACGCGGCUGAUGCGGAGGAGGAGAAGACUCCGAUACGAAACAGGGAAUGGCGUCGAGAUCGGCACGGUGCAGAUCGUGACUGGACGCGGGGAGCCAAGUUCGAACAGGAUCCCGAGUGGAUGGAUUCGACUGAUCGAGAUGAGCCUCGCCGAGUGCAUACACAAGAAGACUUUGAACGCUGGAAGGAAAGGAUGAAGGCGGGCUCCUCGCAGGUUCAAGCCGAAGAAAAGGAGGUCCCCUUGGAGACGACUCCUGCUCCUGCUCCCGCGCCGAAGCCAGAGCCUAGGCCUACAGAUGGCGAGAUUUUCAGCAGCAAUGGCGCUCCGUUCACGUCCGAUUCGGCCAUGGAGCGGUUCUUUGGAUUGCUUGGGGACUCCAAGCCACCUCAGGCGCCUCCACUACCCCAGGAGAUAAGCGCUCCUCCUCCUCCUCCCAUGAUGGAACCAACAAUGAAGAAAGAGCCACUCCCAGGAAAGCUUGGAAAGUCGUCGCGCUUUGCUGGACUAUUCUCGCCACCACCGGGAAGUCCGGCCAAGGAACCCGAAACUCAUCCAGAGACCAGGUCGUCGCCUUCGAUGAACACCGUCAACACUGAUGCCGAUCAGGAAGGUUUCCAGCGCAUCCUGCAGAUGCUUGGUGGAGGAAAAUCGCGCAACGCGACACCUCACAAUGACCCUGUUGCGUACAACCGGCCUCCUUCGCAGGUACAGGCCGAACAGAUCCGGAGUGCUGUUUCAUCUCCUGCUCGAGAUCAACUCAAGCGGCAGGAGUACUUCGCCAUGCAAGAGACAGUUGCUCGUGGCCCUGGUCCUAACCCUUAUGUCCAGGAGACACAUGCUCGAGAUCGGGAACAUCUACUGCGACUGAUGCAGCAGGUCCGUGUUAGUCCCGUUGCCAACCAGGGUGCCCAGAGCCAGCCCCAAAGUGCUGGUCCUGUCGGCCCGGCCCCCGGUUUGGUGAGCAUGCCGGAAGUGCUUUCUCCCCCUCCAGGCAUUCCGACCCCGCAAAAGGGCCCCAACUUCUUGGAUGACCCUGCGAUAGCAAACAUGCAGAGACCCGAUGCUGAGCAUCUUCGUCGCCGGCCCGCAAAUGGGCCCCCCCUGGGAUAUUUCGAAGAUAUGCCGUUCCCUCAGGGCGGACAACUUCCUAUGACGCCCGGCGGCAGCAGAGCUCCCCAGGCUCAAGGCCAUCCUGCUAUGGGCAUGCAGAGACCACCAGGCUUCGAGCAUUUGCCUCCUCCUGGAUGGCCAGGACCUCAGAUGCCCCCGCAGCAAGCUGCUGGACCCGCGCCUUUGGCACCUCCUCCGGGUAUUCCGACACCUACACGCGGCGUCAACCCAAGUUACAUGUCGAACAUGAUGCCCAUGCAUGCGAAUGCACCACCCCUCAACGAGCGUGAACCAUUCCCGCGUCCUCCCCCUCCAGGCAUGAUGCCUCCUCCCGGAUACAUGAACGGACCUCCGCCAGCCGGUUUCCCACCCAUGCCGCCCAACGGUGAUGCUCUCAUGGGGCUUCCCCACCGUGGCCAAGGUCCUUUUGAGGGCAACCCUGGACCUCAAGUGCCUCCCCCCGCUUCCAGGCACCUGUUGGAUAUGUUCGGCCAAGUUGGCGGCGAGGCCCCGCGCGGCAUGCUCGGGCCUGGACAGUUCCGGUAGGGGUUGCGCGAAGUCCGGGGUGGUUCGUACAGUGUCCUAGGGAGACGAAUUCAAGGAGAAUGUGCAAACGCCAUAUGAGAUAUGUCCUUGAUCUUCUCAUACUUAUGUCUUUGUUACGCCAGAACAAUGCACCCUUCUAAUCUUCUUGUAUCUGAUUUAUCUAUGUGUGUGUAUUUGGUGCAUGACAAAGGGCUAGUUUGAUGGAGUUCAGGAGAGACCUAGCCACCUGCUGAGGCUUGGGACUGAUUAGGAGACUGUAUCACAGCCGGACUCGUUUGUGUCUGGAUGUAUAACAACCCUGGGGGAUUACAUAAAGGAAAGCAAUAGGCAGAUUGCAGAUCUCUGAGAUGUGACCUAAAGCCAUUAUAUUGCAGACCUGAAUCACUAGCUGACAUUAUGGCUUCAAUGAAAC